UGUUUAACACAGGACAGUGAGUUUACACAGUGAUAUUCAUGUGUUGCUCUGCUAACUGUUAAGGACUUCUGUUCCUGGAAUCACACCCCAGUCACUAGUUCCUGUGAAUAUGUAAUGACUGAAUCAAGCUGGAGAGGUCAAAACAUUUCUUAUAUUGAAGGUCUUGUAAACUUCUGUUAGCUUAGAAGAACAAAACUUCCAGAGUUCUUGAGAGAUGGCUUUGGAGACAUGUGGAAGCUGUUUGAGUUGCCUGCUGGUACCUCUUGCACUUUGGAGUAUUGUUGUGAACAUCCUCCUAUACUUUCCAAAUGGGAAAGCUCUGCAUGCUGCCAGUUACCAGUUCCCCAGCCAUGAGUGGUAUUUUGAAGGCAUCUGCUUCUCAGGUGUGAUGAUCCUUCUUUUGGCAGUAAUUCUAAUAACACUGGAGUGUAGUGUGUUCUAUCGAUGCUGCCAGAGUGAGAGCUGUAACAAAACCUACAGGAGUUUUAUAUCUAUUGUGCUAGCCCUGCUUGGAAUUGCAUUCUCGGGAUACAGUUGCAUCAUUUUUACCCUACAUUUGAUUCAAGGCCCUUUCUGCAAUUCAUCAAGUGGAUGGAAUUAUAUUUUCAAAGACACUGCUGGGGGGUACCUCACAGAUUAUCCUUCCUGGUCUAAGUGCAAAAACCCUGCAAACAUAGUGGAGUGGAAUAUCAUUUUACUCUCGAUUUUGAUAGCUCUCAGUGGAUUGCAGCUGAUCAUCUGCAUUCUCAAAGUAGCCGCUGAGUUGAAACGAACGCUCUGUGGGACCUAUUCUGUUUUUGUGCAGGCUCGGAUUCUCUGAAAAUGGCAAAGAAAUUGUUGCUGCUUCUCCCCCAUCCCCAGAAGAAGAGAGAAAUGGCCUCUCCAUAAUCCAUAGCAGUAGAUUUGAGUGCUACAAUGAAAAAUGAUACCCUUGUCCUAAAUCUCUGUCCAUCAAACUUCUCUGUUUUGGAUGAAGCAUAUUUGAGCUGUCUGACAUCUACAUUUUUCUUCACCUGUCCUGUUGCACUUGGCAGGGACACGUCAUUUUUUUACCCUUCAGCUUGUUGUGACAGUAGGGAUGUUUUAAUAUAAUGGAACUGCUUUUGUAUUGAAAUCACCUUAUUGUUUUUUCUUAAUAAGCUGCUGUAGAACUGCUUAUGUACUCCCUUGUCAUUGCUUAGACCAUAUGACUAUUUGUUGUUUUGAAAGGGCCUGGUUCAAAGCCUAGUACAUCAAGAGGGAUUGUUAGUGCACUGAGUGAAGCCAUGAUUUCUAAAUGAAUGAAUUUUGGUUACAGACAGACCAUGAUGGCAAUCAUGGAAGGAGGUAGGCAGAGCUUACCCUUCUCCUUCCAUCUUAGAAGUUCAUAACUGCAAAAAGCAAUUACAGAAAAAAGUCUAUCAAGUCUUUCUGUGGUAAAAAAGGCACCUGGGCCUGAUUGGUAUAUUAGACACACAGGUCUGAACUCAGCUGUGCUAGCUGGUACAUGCUAAUAUUUGCACUGGGUUUCUUUACACUUAGGGGCAAUUUUUUUCCUUUUAGUCAAGUAUGAUGUGAAUUGAGGGAAUAAAUGAGGGAACCUUGUGAGCACCCAGUGCUAGCUUAUUAAUAUUCUUCCAAGUAUCCUGACCUUGCUACAAUGAAAGGCUAACAUUCUCGACAAUACUGAUUAGAUGAAAAAGAAUAAUCUAUUUUAAAUUAGCAGCUAAAAGGUAUUUUUACUUUCUCAGGGAAUUAUUUUUUUCAUUCUCAGUGAAAAUUCAGGGAUUCAUAAUGAAGUGGACACCUGGCUCAUUUGCAGUUGCAAUGGCAGCAUUUGGCUGUAUUUAGCACUAUUUUGGUUUUUUUAAAGUUUUUUCCUCUGAACACUAAGAGGAAAGAGAACUAUGUACUUCACACUUGCAGUAACGCAUGUAUGCCUGUUACAUCAGAACUAAUGCAACUCAGGUGCAUUGUCAUCAAAUACUAAAUACAAACUAUACAAUAAGUGUCAGCUUUGAGUAAAUUAUUUAGGAAAAAAUAGAAUAUAUCAGUCAUUUAGUUCUAUUUCAAGACGAUAUUGAGGUUUUGCCUUCAUAUUCCUUUGUCAGAUGGUUUUAAAUACCUGAUUUCUUCCUGUAGGAUUUCAAGAAUGCAUCUAAAAUUUUAAUUGCUUAGUUUCUUUUAAGUUGCAAGAAGUAUAAAGUAAUUAAUAAUACGUAAGAAUGGGGCUAGUCUUCUGGGAGAUGGUUCAAAGUGGCAUGGAUUAUCAGGGGUGCAUGAUACAAAGGCAUGAUCAUAAAAUAAGGACAGUGCCAUUGCACACUUGUUUUUCUCUAGACUUAAAUAUGUGACAUAUCAUUUACUUUAAAUUAUAAUCCUGAAUUUUUAUGGAUUUGUAGGUGUUGUUUGUGGACAGAAGGAAAAGAAAGAAAACUUAAAAAUCAACCUGUACUCCUAC